CGAGGGAUAUAUAAACAACAAGCAAAACAAUAACACCAAAACUGAGUCAGAAAAGAAGAAACAGAAUAGCUGAGUCAUCAUGGAAGCAUUGCCAGGAACGACUUUGCUCGGUUACAAGAUACCUGAUGAGAAAACAAGAUUUGAAAUUGAACUGGAAUUCGUACAAAUGUUGUCCAAUCCGUGGUAUCUGAAUUAUUUAGCACAACACAAGUUUUUUGAAGAUGAGACAUUCUUGGCUUAUUUGGAAUAUCUGGAUUACUGGAGGGAACCAGAGUAUACUAAAUUCUUAAUUUAUCCAAGUUGCUUGUACAUGCUUUCACUAUUGAAAAACCCGAGGUUUCGUGAAGACAUAUCUAGAGCAGACUUAUCAAAACAACUAAAUGAUGAGUUGUACUUUGACUGGCUUCAUAAAGGUGAAGCUGUCAACUAUGGAAAAAUUGGUGACCCUGACAGUGUUCCUGUGGACGAAAAAUAACACAUAAAUCUUUACAACUCUUAAAGACCGUCAAACGGUUUGUAUUUAUUAACUGUUGUUUUUUUUUUGAGAGAGAAGAAGCUUUUAAUUUCAAAAUAGGUUCGAUUUUUGGUUCAUGUUCACUAAAUUCGAACCGAUAUAAUGUACAUGAAAAGGAAAUGUCUAUCUCCACUCUUGUCGAUUUUUUCGUUUGCCAAAUUGUUUAAGGAUAAAGGUUAGCUACCGAUAUUUUCCGUUUUUUUUUUUUUUUUUUCUGAAGAUACAGAAUUGUUGAUCUAUUUCUUUGAACUUAUUUACGACUUUGUAUGAUGGAAAUUGUUUAUUAUCCUGAAGUUAAUGUGUUAAAAUGUCUAUAGCUAGAAUUCGAUCAACGUCGGAAGGUUUUAUAUGUGGGGACCAGAAGUUAGUAAUGUUUGCCGACUCGUAUUAUC